AUGGCUUCGAGAAAUCAUGCGCUGUUCAUUCAUGGUCUGGGAUCCGAUUCCAGCACGUGCUUGCCCUCCCAGAGACUACUGGAUGAAGUAAAUUGGAUCAUUCCGGACCUCGCAGGUCAUGGGAUGAGUUGUAAGCCUCUCGAUUUCGAGCCAUAUACCAUGAAGUCACAGGCAGAUUCCAUUCACCAGAUUUUGUCGGAGCAAGGAGUCAAGAAUGUAUUCAUCAUUGGCCACUCACUGGGUGGGCCUAUUGCUAUCGAACUCUGUGAAAAGAUCAUUCGUGAAAAUCGGGACAUCACUUUAAAUGGUUUGAUAUAUGAAGAGGGCAACAUCAACGAAGAUGAUUGUUUUGGCUCAAAAAAGAUUCUUGAAAAAGGCUGUCCUAAAGUUAGCCCUCAUUCCGACGAAAAAGAAGCGAUGGACUUUGCAAUGUAUGCAAGCUCCAAAGAUUUAGUGGAGAUAUCCUGCUCAGGGGAACUUUUGCCCAGAAUAAAGGCUCUGAAGGAUGGGGGAUUACCAAUGAUGGUGAUGUAUGGGGAGAAGAACUUUGGCAGAUUUUCUUCUGCAACUCUGCUAGAACAGAGCGGAUUCAAGAUCGUGUGGGUUGCGAAAGGCGGGCAUUCCAUGCACAAAGACGAAGGAUCUGGAGCAUUUUGGGCUAAGGUUGAAGAUUUUAUCCUCAGCAAUAUUUCGAGAAAUCAAUGA